AUGUCGAGCAGCACCGCCAUCGCCAUCCCGCAGCGACGCCGGAAGCAGAGUCGAGCCUCUGGAAGCACGAAUGCUUCUCCCGCGAACAACAGCUUCACAUACGGCAGCUAUGGCUCCGUCAGGAACGAAGACGGCGCUACGACGCCAAAGGCGGCCUCGGAGCGGAGGCCGAGCUUGAUGUCGCCUGCCUUCUCCCGCGCCGAACAUACGGUUGUGAAUAUUGGCAAUUCGGACAUGCCGCGGCUGGUACUUUGGCCCCGAGGUACACAAGAUGGGAAAGAGAAAGCUGAUCAGAGCGAGCAGAUUACGUGCGUUAAGGCGUCGCAGGGCUUCGACUGGAAUCAAGAGAUCUUCCUACCCAGCUAUGCCAACUUCGACUUCGACGAUCUCGAGCGCAAGCAGGAUCCUGUGGAGGAGAUUGUAGUUACGGAUGAGGAGAGGGCGAAGAUGUUUCCUUCGUAA